AUGGUUGACCAUAAAAAGCACGGGCAGGCAUCCCGUGAAGUUAUUCAUCUUUUUAAUGUCAAUACUGCAAAAUAUAUAGCAAUAUGCAUGGUUUUGACUUUUGUGAUAUAUCACGGAGCCCUGCGAUAUAAAUAUGGAAAUGACUCGUGUAAAUGGUUGAUGGGCGAUGGAAGAUUCCAGGGACAUAAUGUCUGGCAGCCCUAUGGAUGCAUGAUGCACCAUUACUCAAGGAUCGAUGCCAGGAAUUGUAUGCACUACAUCUCCUACUGGGGCGGACACAAUCACAUCGUGUUCAUGGGCGAUUCACGGAUACGAGAACUGUUUUAUGAAUUUGUCGACAUGUUCACACCAAAAUACAAGGAAUCGCACCACCCGGUUGUUCAUAGCAAUGUCAAAUUCCGGGACGAGAAAAUCAACUUGAAAGUGGAUUUUCUGUGGGUGCCUAUGGUGAACGGGUCCAUGUAUAACAUUUAUAAAGCGUGGGUCGGCAUGGACCAACCUGAACGACCCAACCUGGUCAUCACAAGCGCCGCACUGUGGACGAUUUCACAUAAUAAUGGAAGUCUAGAGGCCCUUGGAAAUUUCAAGGUGAACCUGACAUACAUCGUCCCGUUUUUUGACAAACUGAAGAAGACCACCAAAGUCUUUUGGCGUUUACAAGAUCCUGUUGAAGAAUUAAAAAGGAAAGACCACGGAAAAGUCAUCACCAAUCCCAGGAUAGAUGAGUACAAUAGAGGUGCUAUUGAUAUACUUCAAAAUAGUGCGGCAGAUAUCUGGAGCUCGUCGCGUCUCGUUUGUCAGGGAACGAGUCACCCCACGAAGGACGGUACACAUCUCACAAGUUUACCCCUCCUAUGGGACAACCAGAUCUUAUUCAACAUGUACUGUAACAACAAUAUGGGUUUUAAUGAUGGCACAUGUUGCAGUAACGCCGAACCAAUCACAACUAUACAGAUCAUUACCGCCAUCGUGUUUGCAUUAUGUGUACUUCUUGCAUUUCCAAUGUGGGUGUUUCAGAAAAAGUUCCUUGUGUGUAGAAAAAAUGCUAAUAAAGGUCGACCAGUGUUUGUUUCAGAGAAUGGCCAUCGUAUCGCCGGCUGCCAACCAAGCAGCCAAGCUAUCAAGCCUGCCGAACCAGAGAAUGCUUAUUAUGUAAUACUCAUAGCAUUGGCCAAGUUGGGCCUCAUCAUGACAUACUUCUUUAUAUGUGAUAGAACCACUGUGUUUAUGAAAGAAAACAAAGCGUACACUUUACUAAACUUCCUCUUGCCGUUCGCAUACGUGAUGGUGCUCGGGUUCUUCUUCACGGAGGACUCCGACCAAUCGACGAUACUCCACCGGGACCAGACAGACGAGUGGAAGGGCUGGAUGCAGCUGGUGAUACUCAUAUACCACAUCACUGGCGCUAGUCGGGUUCUUCCAAUCUACAUGCAUAUCCGCGUGCUCGUCUCCGCCUAUCUCUUCCUGUCUGGUUACGGCCACUUUGUUUAUUUCUGGAAUAAUGGCAAAUUAGGAAUACAGCGGGUCUGUCAGGUGUUGUUCCGCCUCAACAUGCUCGUUGUGAGUCUGUGUUUUACGAUGAACCGUCCGUACCAAUUCUACUACUUCAUUCCACUUGUUUCGUUCUGGUUCCUUGUUUCAUAUCUGACCAUGGUGAUUUGGCCGCAGGCAACAGCUGCCAAAGUCGAUGGUUUUCUAACUACUAAAGUGAAAGUAGACCACUGCCGUCCAAGGAAAGUGAAUUUCCUCUACUACGUCUACAUGUUAUUCAAGUUGAUCAUUCUAGCUGGGUUAGUCUCUCUACUAUUUCUCUCGGAGGUGUUGUUCGAGAAGAUCUUCCUCAUGAAACCAUUCAAGGCAUUGUUUGUGAUGGAAGACGACUCUCUUCAUGAGUGGCGCUUCAGGUGGCAGCUUGACAGAUACAGUGUUCUCUAUGGCAUCAUGUUUGCCUUUGCCUGUACUACCCUAAAGAAGCUUAAGAUAUUAAACGACAGUGGCGGAGGCAUGUUGUUCCCGCGGACCUUGUCCUUGUCCAUCACGAUUGGCUCUGUUUUAGGAAUCUUAAGUUACGCUGUGUUUUCCAUGUUCUGUCGAAGCAAAGAAGAGUGCAACGACAUUCAUUCCUAUAUUGUUUUCCUUCCAAUAAUCUCAUACAUAUUCCUUCGUAAUACAUUUCACAUCAUUCGACAAAAAUACAGCACGUUCUUUGCAUGGUUUGGAAAGAUAUCAUUAGAGUUAUUUAUUGCGCAAUACCACAUCUGGUUGGCAGCCGACACCCAUGGCGUUCUUGUCCUCGUCCCCAGUAACCAAGUCCUGAACGUGAUCGUGACAACGUUUAUCUUCAUAUGUGUCUGCCAUGAAGUCCACAUCAUCACGGUGACGCUAGCAAAAUACGCUGUGCCAAAUGACUGGAAAUUAGCUCUGAGGAACUGUAUAUGUUUUUGGUUGAUUCUCAUUCCUAUUGGGGUGAAGAGAGGUGUAUUCUCAUAGUGAUUAGUCAGCUGAUCUUUUUGAUCUAAAAACUCUACCCUGAUUGGUCCGUUUAUGUAUUUCAAAUCAGUUCAUUUGUCCUAAUUGGUCAAUGAAUUUUACAUUGUAUACUCAAUGGAUGCUGUCGUUCAAAGUUGGCUGUACUCUGUUCGUAUUGGUCAAUUUAAAAUGGAUGUCAGUUCUGAUUGGUGGAUUUAGUAUCAUGUUAUCAUUGGUGGAUUUCUAAUGGUGAUAUCCUUGUGUCAAUUUUGAGUAGUCCUCUCUUUCAGGUAAAGUGUGUUUCUGAUUUUAUGAUGUGUAAAGAUCUUUAUCAACCUGGAUAUGGAAGUGAGGUUUCCAGGUGCGGAACAAGGAUUCAGAGAAAGAGGGGGGGCCUUGGCACUUCAGUCUUAUUCUUAAAAUCUGGGUCAAUUUCAAAGACUUUUUUAAAAAUGUCAUAGUCAAGUUUCAUAAAACUUUCAAAGGGGGGGGGGGUGGUGUAGCCAAUAAUUAUAAUCUUAUGUGAAUUCUUACCAAGAUAGCAGCCUACUCCUAUGGCCACCAACUUGUAAAACUUUCAAAGGGCGGGGAGUUGGGGGUGUGGCAUAGCCAAUAAUUAUAAUCUUAUGUGAAUUCUUGCCAAGAUAGCAGACUCCUCAUAUGGCCACCAUUCUGUUUAAAACAGAAGGCUAUACGAUUUGUAAGUACAUGUACUUACAAACUAGUUUAACAGUUUAUUUUAUAGAACUAGUAGUAAAAAGAAAUUGACUAAUCACGACUUAGCGUUCCUCCCAGUAAAUUGUAGACAUAUCAAUACACUGGGUGGGGGUGGUCGAUGAUAAAUGUACACUUUUUAAUUUUCAAGUAAAAUGUUAAUCAAAAUUUCCAAAAACUGACAACUUUUGGAAGUCCUUUUUUCCGGUCUGACAAAAGGAGCAUGUUUUGUUCUCUUUUGAAAACGUUGAUAAUAAGGGAUUAUCAAACCUUCGCACCGGAAAGGGAUUCAUUACAUUUGAUAGAUGCAACACAAUUAUAGGACUUUUUCAGUCGUCAGUCCCAACAUCCACUUUCAGAUUAGGACAAACUAUGCACACAAACAUGUAUCUAUGUACAUACAUGUAUCUAUGUACUCUGUCAGUCAAUUUGGCAAAAAUAUCGUUUAGAAGACGUUUUGAAGCCACUAAGUUCCCCCAAGAGAAAAUUGCUAAAUAACGUUUUCCUUCAAAACCUUCAUUUUCUGCAAACAUUAUCGGUAAAAGGUUGUUGUUUUCUCUGAACAUAUUUAUGAAUAUCUAGACAAAGGUGGGAGAGGUAUCAAAAUGAAGCUGGAACUCUUAAGCUAUAUGAACAUGUGGAUAACUUAAUAUGUGCUAGGUCCCACCUGCGACUUACUGCCCAUUUUAGCCUGAUGGGCCACGUUAGUGUUAUUAGUCAUGUUAACAUAAAUAUCGGUUCUUAAGAUACUCUUUAUAUCCUAGAUAUGGUAACAUCAUUUCUACAAGAUGAUAUACAGGGUGACUCAAUAAAAUGGCAAUCCAUAAAGGGUUAUAUUAAUUUGUUGUCUGAAAUUAUAGUGGUUGUAUUAUAAAGUAGGAGCUUUGCAAGAUCCAUUAAAUUGGUGAAUUAUCAUUAUACUCUGAGCAUGCCUCGCUUAGCACCAUUGUUUUGAAAAUGUGAUGUCAAAAAUUGACUAGUUUGACCUGUAUAUCUGCGCCGUCGGUGUGUUCAUCAUGUGGAAUUUUACUUUAGAAAAUAUUCAGGGUCCAUUUCAGUCCGAGGAAUGUUAGAAUUAUCAGAAUUAUACCUUAGUAUCAGAAUUCUGAUACAUUGGGCCAGAUUUUCACAAAUAUGUCCAUUGGGGGGAGGAAACAUAGAUAGGACAGAAGUUUAUGUUGGCAUGAUUCAGUAAAAAAUGUACACAGCACUGUCACGCCGGCUUUUGAAAAUUCUCCCGAGCGCUUGCUUGUAAGUAUCAAUUAUAUCCAGCCCCUGUACAUUACCCUGUGCAUCAUAUGUGUACAUUAUUUUGUACUGAAGAAUUCGGUACUUUCUUAAAGGGUGCGAGUGAUGGGGUCCAAAAUCUGGGGUCAGCUUCAGAAAAGGAAGCCAAGUAAAGCUCUAACAUCUGUCUUGACAAAGGUGGUAGCCCUGGGUGGGUUGUGGGCGUGUUUACUUCAGUUGAGCCCUUUACUAAAGAUUCAGGGGUAUCCGAAUUUGGAUAUGGGGUAUCCGAAUUUGGAUAUGGGGUAUCCGAAUUCUAACAUUUCAUGAACUGAUGUCCUCAUAUACGGCUAUAGGAAUACUUUUAUUAUUAUCCUUAUUAGUGUUAUGAUAAUGUUGCAAAUUACAGUGUGGGAUGCUAUUGCUAUGAAUUUGUCAUAUAUUGGCAAAUUCCCAGCAUGCAAUUGUUUUGGCUGAAGUUAUACGCGGGAUGUCCUCGUCAAUACCGGUAGCCUAUCCUUUCUGUACUAUAAAAGUAGGACCAUACAUUUCGGAGGUCCACAAAAGGGUGCCAGUAGGACUAAGUAGGCCCUGGUCCCGCCUUUAUUGUGACGUGUCGUGCACAAUCUGCAAAGCGCCGCUUCCCAUACCGCCCUGGAACAUUGACUAACAAAACAUUCAAAAUACCCGCUGGUGUGGCUUACAGACCUUUAGCCACCAGUGCAUACAAUGACAUUUAAAUAACACUGUUCAUGGAGUAUAAAUAGCCAGUCAUGAUACAUGCAAUAUAUGGCACCCUAAUAGGCCUCUUCAAAAUGGCACCCGAUACCAGUAUUCACGAGGACGACCUGUAUUAUGUAGACAGAACAUGGAAUUAAGGACCUCUCUCUAUACUGACUUGCAAUGAAAGCAUAAAUAAGGACAUUUUUAUCAGCGACAGCAUUUUAAAAAGGUUCCUGUGCAAACCAUUGGGCUAUUUUUAGUCUUUGCUUGAAAACUUUAAAUGAAUCUCAGAUCAAACCCAAUGUAAAAGAUGCUCAGAAUGAACCAUGGAUAAAACCGAGUGAUGAUAUGUUGGGAAUAUAUUGUAGAAUUUUAUGCUUGUUAUGUUUUUGAAGUGUAUAUUUUAUGCUUUUGUAACCAUUUAUCCUGUGCAUUGAGUCCCCCCGCCCCCCUACACACACACACAUUCACACGCUUGCAGAAGUGAGGCAAUACCUACUUGUAUGCGUGUCACCGAAUUUGAGUGAAGAUCAGUUCCUUGCAGAGGUAGCAGAGAAUACAGUAGAACCGCUCCAUUAAGGACACCCUCGGGACUGACAGGUGCUCUCCUUGUUAGAGAGGUGUCCUGAUUAGAGAGGUCAAGUUGAAUGGAAUCAACCAAUGUGGAACCAAAACUAGUGUCCUCAAUAGAGAGGUUGUCCUUAAUAUAGAGGUGUCCGCUAAGGGAGGUUCUACUGUACCACUCUUCCUGUGUGCCAGUUGAGCAAAAAUAUGUUUUUUCUUAGAUAAUGGAUUUUAGAUAACCUGCAUGCUGACUGCAUAGGGAAUGUGAUGAUUUUGUUACACUGACUAUAAAACUUGGGGGGGGGCAUGCAAACAGAACUACCGCGGGCGCGGGGGGUCAGUGAUUUGGGUGGUCAUUUGCGUACUCUGUACAUUUUUUACCACUUUUUACAUGUGGAGGGAGAGGGGGAAUGUGCCCACGUAACUGUAGGUUGCGGUGAAAAGUCAAAAGAACUGAUAUAUAUAUGUAAAUUUGGAAACAUACGUUAUUCAAUAACCCUUUCACUGCGGCAGCCAUUUUCGGCCAGUGCACUGCCCGUGCAAACAGUCGAUAUCAAUAACAAAUAGUUGAGCUAAUUUCUAACUGAACGGGCGAAACAAUUUGAAAGUGUCGCCAUCUAUACUAUUAGGAUGAAACUAAUUAUUCCCGAGUGCGUUUGGCGUAUUGGUGAAUAAGUAUUUUAAAAGGACAUGACGUGAUGUGCACGUCAUCCGCAUGGCAGGGGAUCAUGUACAUGACGUGGUGUGCACAUCACCCACAUGGCAGGGGACCAUGUACAUGAUGUGGUGUGCACGUCACCUGCACAGCAGGGGACCAUGUACAUGACAUGGUGUGCACAUCACCCACAUGGCAGGGGACCAUGUACAUGAUGUGGUGUGCACGUCACCUGCACAGCAGGGGACCAUGUACAUGACAUGGUGUGCACAUCACCCCUACGGCAGUGGACCAUGUACAUGUCAUGGUGUGCACGGCAGGGGACCAUGUGGGGACCCACAGCGAAAGGGUUAAAAGUAUUUGACAGGAAACUCCCUGCACUUUAGGAGGUUGUAGGUUAAUUACAACUCGGGAACUAGGAUGGUCUACUUGGCGACCUUAAACUUUGCUUACGUUAGGUGUUUGUACAAUAUACUACUCAUAUAAUGUGGACUCAUUGGGGGAGGGGAUAACCUCUCGUCACACCAAUCACAAGAUACGUUUUGUGGUGGGGAAAUGUUCUUACCGGUACAAGUUAGCAACUGACCAAUUAUAUUUGUAUGCCAAGUCUUUCCACUUUUGACCAAAAAAUGUCCAUGUGUUGUAUUUUUUACGUGUGUGAUGUCCAACGGAAGAAAGAGUUGCAUGUACAGUUGUGAUAAAUUAGUUCCUGUUUACCACCAAAUUUGUAUACCACCAAAUUUGUGCUGGCAUUUUUUUUUCGGGGAUGUCGUGAAUCCGGUGGAUUCGCAAAUUAAAAAUUGUGAAAAAAAAUUUUCAUUGGAAAAACCUUAAGAAUUUUUUUUUUAAGGACACUAGUUUUGGUUCCAACUUGGCUGUUUCCAUUCAACUCGACCUCUCUGAUCAGGACGCCUCUCUAUUAAGGACAGCACUUGUCAGUCCUGAGGGUGUCCUUGCUAGAGAGGUUCUGCUGUAUGAUUUCAAGAAAAUUUCUCUAAUUUUGCAACUCCUACAUGUACAUAUGCCAGUUUUAUUCAGUUCCAUGAAAAUAAAAUGCCGGCAAAAAUUUGGCAGUUAACAGUAAACCUAUAAGAUAUUGGUGUAUGUGUAUUGGGUUUUGCAUUCUGUGUGUGUCUGAAACUGGUGCAGUAAUAAUUAUGAAACACUGUCGAACAGAAUGAUUUUGCUUGCAGGAUAUUUUGCGAGUAAGUUAAGUCGUAGUUCCACCUAUCAUAAAACCCCGUGUUUUUUCAAGACCCGUGUCUUCGCCGUGUGUCAAAAAAACCUGGGGCGCACUUACACCUAUCAGUGGUGUUAGAUAAUGGUUAAUAGCCCCGGCGACAGGUGCGCUGUAGGUAGGGAGCUAUCCUGUGUUUCUUUCCCGUUGGAGGGGGCGCAAUACCGAGGCAACUACACCGCGCCAUGUCGCCGGAUCUUAGAACUUGCAAUUGCCGUGUCUAUUCAGAUUCCACCUAUCAAAAAACCCGUGUUGAACGCGGGUCUAAAUUAGCCCCUGAUUAGCCACAUCGAGCUCGGUGGGGCUAAUAGACACGGGGAUUUGACACACGGGUCUAUUUAGACAUGGCAAUUCAUAGGUGUAAGCGCAAAAGACACAGGGAUUUGAUAGGUGGAAGUACGACUUUAGGCUCGCAAAAAUAUUCUGCCGCGAAAUGGCCUUGCUUUUUCAGCAAGAAUUCCAUAUUAUUGUUGCCAUGUUUCCACAGAGGCAUUGGAGAAGGGGAUUAUCUCCAAUAAAAAUCAUGAAACCUUCGCAGUUGAAAUUACAAUUACAGUAGAACCUCUCUAUGAAGGACACCCUCGGGACUGACAAGUGCUGUCCUUAAUAGAGAGGUGUCCUGAUUAGAGAGGUCAAAUUGAAUGGAAACAACCAAUUUGGGACCAAAACUAGUGUCCUUAAUAGUGAGGUUGUCCUUAAUAGAGAGGUGUCCGCUUAGGGAGGUUCUGUACAAUUGAAACAACUGCAGUAGAAUGUAAAAGAAUUGCAGAGACUGCAAUGAAUAUUUCAAAACAAUUUCAGUUCAUUUGUGAAACUUUCAGCUGAAUUGUAAUGUAGCUUUGUAAGAAUCGCAUUAGGAUUGUGAAACAACUGCUUUAGUAAAAAAUGCAUGAUUUGUACUUUUUUAGGUACUUUUGAUAAGUCCAGGCUGCACUGAUCGCGAUAGGAAUAUUAGUAAGCUUUUGCACCAAUAGAUGUAGACACUAGUCCUGGAAGUGGCCAAGUUCAGCAUUGUGUUUUAUUUAGCAUUGAUGUGGUAAUGUCUGAGAAAAAAUAAGUAAAUGACGGAAACAUUUUAAUUCAUGGUGAGAGGUGGGAGGUGGGGUGAUGUUAGGAAUGAUAAACAUUGUUAAUGUUACAAAAUUAUUUAUGAGCUUAAAGGUACAAAUUCUGCAUGUAUAUACUAGUCGUAGUUCCACCUAUCAUAAAACCCUGUGUUUUUUCAAGACCCGUGUCUUCGACGUGUGUCAAAAAUUCUACUGCGCAUUUACACCUAUCAGUUGUGUUAGAUAAUGGUUAAUAGCCCCGGCGUAAGGUGCGCUGAAGGUAGGGAGCUCUCCUGUGUUUCUUUCCCGUUGGAGGGGGCGCAAUACCGAGGCAACUACACCGCGCUAUCUGUCGCCGGAUCUUAGAACUUGCAAUUGCCGUGUCUAUUCGGAUUCCACCUAUCAAAAAACCCGUGUUAAACACGGGUCUAAAUUAGCCCCCGAUUAGCCCCAUCGAGCUCGGUGGGGCCAAUAGACAUGGGGAUUUGACACACGGGUCUAUUUAGACACGGAAAUUCAUAGGUGUAAGCGCAAAAGACACAGGGAUUUGAUAGGUGGAAGUACGACUAUAGAGGGAAACAUUUCAAUUCAUGGUGAGAGGUGGGAGGUGGGGUGAUGUUAGGAAUGAUAAACAUUGUUAAUGUUACAAAAUUAUUUAUGAGCUUAAAGGUACAAAUUCUGCAUGUAUAUAUUCUAUAUUAUUGCAGUAUAUUAUUUAAUGUUUUGUAAGAAAUUUUUUAAAUAAAACCUAAGUGUA